ACGCGCGGAGUGUCUAGCGAGCCGGUCCUUACUGGGGAGGGGGGGGUUAAAGGCGAGAGACGCGCGCGCCCGCGCGCCCCCGUCCGUCCUUCCGCGCGCGCGCCCUGUGAGAACGAGGAGGAGGAGGAGGCGGCCCAGGGUGCUGCCGCUGCUCCUUCUACUACUCUGCUCAGUUCUUCGCCGUUCCUUUCUCCCCUGACCGGAGUGUCCUCUCAUCCCCAGGGCUGAGCGAACGCGUGAACGACGAUGGCGGCCGCCGGGGCUCUGGCCAAGCACGAACAGAUCCUGGUGCUCGAUCCGCCCACCGACCUCAAAUUCAAAGGUCCUUUCACAGAUGUAGUUACCACAAAUCUUAAACUAAGGAAUCCAUCAGACAGAAAAGUAUGUUUUAAAGUGAAAACCACUGCACCUCGUCGAUACUGUGUGAGGCCAAACAGUGGAAUUAUUGACCCAGGAUCAUCUGUAACUGUGUCAGUGAUGUUACAGCCCUUUGAUUAUGAUCCAAAUGAGAAGAGUAAACACAAGUUUAUGGUACAGACCAUCUUUGCUCCACCAAACAUUACAGAUAUGGAAGCUGUGUGGAAGGAGGCAAAACCUGAUGAAUUGAUGGACUCUAAAUUGAGAUGUGUUUUUGAAAUGCCUAAUGAAAAUGAUAAGAUGAAUGACAUAGAUGCAAGCAAAUCUGCUCCAGUACUGAAUACAGCUAAACAGGAUGGUCCCAUGCCGAAACCACACAGCAUUUCACUUAAUGACACUGAAACAAGGAAACUAGUAGAAGAAUGCAAAAGACUUCAAGCGGAUGUGAUGAAACUGACAGAGGAAAAUAGACACCUGAGAGAUGAAGGUUUGAGGCUGAGAAAGGUGGCACACUCGGAUAAAUCUGGACCAUCAGGCUUGGCUCUCCGAGAGAAUGGCUCUAAUCCUCUUCCCUCGCUUCUUGUUGUAAUUGCAGCUGUUUUCAUUGGAUUCUUUUUAGGGAAAUUCAUCUUGUAGAGAGUGAGAAAGAGAGAGAAGCAUGCAGAAUGCAGCUUCCUUUAUUCUUCUUGGCCAGAAAAAGUGUAUUUACCUACCACUUCAUUGGUAGUAUGGCCCAAGUGACCAUUUUUGUGUACAGCAUCAUACAGGCUUUGCCUCUAAUGAUCUUGCACGGUUAGACAAUAAGAAAAGACAAACAGUUCGGCUGCUGGACAAAAAAAAUGUAUAUUAAUUCAUCAAUAGCAGGUGUCAGUUGCGCAUUCAGUCCUUUAUGAAAAGUCAUAAAUAAAGAAUUGUUCUUUCUUUCUGUGGUUUUAAUAAGAGUUCAAAAAUUGUUCAAAGUCUUGUAAAUGUUAUUUUAAUAAUCCUUCUAAAAUUUUAUCUGUUGUUGCCUCUGGGAAAAUGAUUAUUAGAAUGUCAAUCCCACUUGUUCAGGAAUAUGAUGAGGCAUUCUGUGGGGGAACAGUUCCUCUCAAUGUGUAAAUUUUCUCAUUUACCUUAGUUUGCUAAUAUCAUGGCAGAAUUUCUUAUCCCCUCAUGAGGCAGUUGUUGAAAAAGUUUCUCAUCAUUACAGCCCUGUCCCAUGGUAUUUAACAUACAAAAAAUAAAACUGUUAAGACUU